UCUUCUUAUAGAUCUUUCUAGAGACUGUAAACGAUGAUGAUGAUGAUGAUGAACGUCUGCACGCAGUUUGGCCUCUGAAGCAGGACGGAGAGCAACAGCCUGUCUUAAUGCUAACGAGCACUUAAUGCUAACAACUUCUUUAUCAGUUCUCAUGAACAGAACAACAAACACAAGGAAAAGACGUCCGGAUCUCAAUCAUAUCACGUGUUUAAAGCCAAAGAUCAGAUCCACAAAAAAAUGGAGCAAAUAUCACUUUGAGAUAUUCUCAAUAAAACCUACGUACAUUAGCCGUUAGCUCCAGUGCUGCUAGCAUUACCAGCUCUCCUCCUGUCAGUUUAAAAAACAUGAGUUUGAGAUGAGCGACUAGAAACCAUUAAAGUUAUAAUAUAAUUUCCAGAUACAUUUUGAAUGCGAGCUCAUCUGUGUUUAUCAUCUAUGUAAACCAUUAGAGUGAGUUACCACAGCAGCCAAAGACCAGCUACAUGUCACUAAUAGUGUCCUCUGUAAAACUUCAUUUUGGGUUGGAGACUAGACAUUUUGACGGUGUUGACCAUUUAAUAUAAUAAUAAAAUAUGCUUUAAAAAAGCAUAAAUACAGCAAUAAUAAUAAUAAAGUAAAUUGGCCACUAUAGCGACUUGUUGGAACUGUAAAUGAAGCUCACUGUAUCCAACACGGUCCUUAUUUAUUUAUUUUGAGGAAUGUAAACUUCUGGUCCUUCAUGUCUAUAAACCCCUCAGCAUACUGUACGUACUACUGUACAAACACAACAGUGUAUGAAAUACAAGGCUGUGUAAUGUCAAGCCCUCAGUUGGGCUCAUCUUAUUGUGUUCGUUACAGAGUAAUCACGUACGGGAAGCAGGAAGGCGCAGAAUACCACAAACAUCUUUGCACCAAUAGAAAGAUCCCACAGAAGAAAAUGUUCCACUUGACUGGCCAAUCACAUUGAACACGUUGUCUUCAAAGGCAUCACAUCUUUGGGUAAAAUCAGUCUGUCUGUUAACUUUCGGUCAUCAUCACUCAUGGACGGGCUGCACACUUUUCUAGUCGCUCUCUUAGGAGUUGCAUCCUGCAGUCAUGAUUGGAUCUCUGGAUCAGUGACAGUCAGACCAGGAGACAACAUCACUCUCUACUGUGAUUGUAAACUAUCAACUGGAGUAUCCAUAGUGUGGUACAGGAACUGCUCUCAUGAGAACCACCCAUCCCUCGUCCUUAAAGUCAAAUCAUCAUACAAUCUGGACAGUGACACUAAAGAUCCUCUGAAAAGUCUUCCUCGUUUUCAAUUUGUGAGAAACUCUUCUUCUAAUUCUUAUGACCUGCUGAUCAUGAACAUCACUGAUUCUGAUGAGGGAAUCUACUACUGUGGAACUGAAGAGGGUAAAGUGGAGGAUAAAGAAUUCAUUGGCCUCAAAACUCUUUACAGAAACGGAAACGUCACAACAAGGAUCUCAGUCAGUCCAGACUGCAGCGAUUCUCCGCUCCAGACUCCAGAAUGUCUCUGUCCUCUGUGUUGGACUCUGCUGGUCUCUCUGUGUCCAGCUAUUGCUGUCCUCUCCUCCGUCCUCCCCUUCAUGUUGGUUUAUCACUUCGGUCAGAAAACAGACAAAGAAUCUCAAACUCUCCAGAAGAGACCAAACAUGAUGGGACAAACCAUAGAGGGCCAGGGUGAAGAUGCGUGUUUCACUCGAGUUGUGUUCCGGGCUGUGGAGAUUAAAAAAACACCAGUAGGCAGAAGAUGGACGACACGUUUGUUUCACUCAAGCAGGAACCGAACAGAAUGAAAUGAUUUGCAUUUCCUCUGGUUUGCUGUUGAUGGAGAGUUGUGUGGUUUUUUGUAUCGGACAGAUACAUAAACAUACAGUAUAUAUUUUCUUUAUUAAUCUGUUUAAUAUGUACUUUUCUAACUUUUCUAACUUUGUAUCCAUUUUUAUCCACAUGCUUAUAGCUAACUUGCUUUUAUUCUUGAUUUGUCAGCAAUUUAAGGCAAAGCAAGGCAAUUUUAUUUGUAUAGCGCUUUUCAUACAAAAGGCAGACUCAAAGUGCUUCACAUCAUAACAUUUCAUACA